AUGUGGAUUCUGGAUUCGGAGGGUGAUUUUUUGCAGGGAAAGAGGGUGUGGUUGAAGCCCGGGAAGAAGUAUCUCUUCGGCCGCAGUAAGCAAGAUGACGUACGACAUGCUAUUGACCACAAUUCGAUAUCGCGAAAACACCUAAUCAUCGAGGUAUCGCCGAUUGACGAAAGCGACCGGUCCGACAUUCAUGCGAAAUCGAAGCUCACCGUGACGGAUCUGAAGUCGAAAGUGGGUACCACUGUUGAUGGAGAGGCGAUAAAGGGGGAGAGCAGAACGUUGGGCGAUGAUGAGCACACUGUUAGGUUGGGGAGGUACAAGCACGUCUUGCGAUUGAAAUGGCAACCGACGGUGCUAAGCUUCUCCUUCUCCUCCAAAGAACUCAAAGCGAAAGACCCCCUCGCCCACGUCCGUUCUCGACUCGAAGACCUAGACAUCAAGACCAUCAUCCCGUUCGUCGUCGGCUCCACUACGCACGUCGUGCAGAAUAAGCGCAAUACGGCAAAGGGGCUACAAGCGCUGGUCAACGGGAAAUACAUCGUCAAGGAGACAUUUAUAGAUGCACUGGUGUACGCCGCGACGCCGAGCGACCUGGACAAUCUGGAAUCGCUGUCGCCGUUGGAGGCCGACUUUGACUCCGCAUGGCCGGACGCGAUGGAGCAUCUCCCUGCGCCGGGGAAGGAGGCUGUUGUCCGUCCGACCGAGGCGUUCGUGCCGAAUCCUGACCGGAUCAAUGUGUUUGAGGGGUACACGUUCGUUUUCGGCGAUCCGGGGCAGUUCGAGAACCUGCAGGCUUUCAUCACCGAUGGGCAUGGAAGGCCUUUGCUAUACCCGAUUGAAAAUGGGACUACGACGGCAGAAGAGAUCGUGCGUUUUAUGGAAGAGACAGCUGGACCGAAAGGACUAGGAAGCCAGCGGGAUGGUCCCGGAGGGGUAGUCCACGUUCGAUACCAUGCCAAGGGACGUUACGAAGACUGGUCCAUCGAGCUCAGCAACCAGGUGGCGGUGAAAACGGACCAGCGGGUGAUUGAGCAGAGUGAGUUUCUUGAUGCUAUUCUCGCCAACGAUGCUGCUCCUCUGUGUCGCACCCUGCCGGUUUCCUCGCCGCAUGAGGGCGCCAGCGCGGAGGCGCUUUCUACGCCAGCUCCAAACUCGAAUACACCAGCCCCGAACUCGAUUACACCAGCCCCGAACUCGAAUGCACCAGCCCCGAACUCGAGUACACCCGAUCUGGCCGACUCUCAGUUGUCGGAGGAGCCGAGUCAGCCAAAAGCCAAAGUCAAACGGUCCCGCACCUACGUCAGCAAGAUGAAGACGUUUGACGACGGGUUCGACAUCAAUUCCAUCCCGGCGUAUGCACCCGAGGACGACGGCCCGGAGUCCCUUCCGCCGAUGGCGACGGAGGCGGAGCUGGAGCCGGAGUCGGAGCCCAUGGAGGUGACUCAGCCGGCUGAUAGUCUCCAGGAAGAGGAGGAUGUCGUGUCUAGCCUGCUGCCGGGGGCGGCGGCGAUGAAGCGUCGGCGCGCGGAGACGGUGCAGCGAUCGACCAGCGAUCCCUCUCAACAGAUUGAGAAAACAGAACCGAAGGCGAAGCGACAGAAGCUAGAUGUGCUGGACGCGGCGCGACGGCAUCGUGAGGCGGAAGAGAACGCUCGUCGGGAGGAGGAGGAAGCGUCGCAUCGGGAUACAUUAGAAGACGUGGACGUGGAGAAGCUCAAAGGGCUGGCCAUUGUGGAAGAGAUGGAGGUGCCCUCGCGGAGGACGACCGACGAGGACGUCCGAUGGGACGAGCGAUGGAACGGGCGGAAGAAUUUCAAGAAGUUUCGGCGGAAGGGAGACCGCAAUCAACGCUCUCGGAUUCAGACUCUGAUUGUGCCGCUGGAAGAGGUGACCCGCCAGGACUUUGGGAUUGGGGAGCAGCACUGGGUCAGUCGGAGGCAGUCGUCGGAGGGCAACCGACCCGAGCGAACCACCCAAACCGAGCCUGUCGAUACGGACGACCGAAGUGAGAUGCGAUCUCAAUCAACCGGACGGACUGCAUCGGAGGUUCCCACUCGGAGUCAACCUCGCAGUCAGGCGCGAAGUCAACCCCAGAGCCAGAAACGCGUGCGGGACGAGUCCGGGUCGGAUAGUGACGAAGAGACGCGGUUCCGAUUUCGGCGACGACGAUAG